AUGGAUGAUUUUGAUCCUUCCGGAAGUCUAGCCCUUAACCAAUAUGACGUUGAGACAUCUCCGAAACGUUUAAUAUGGUGCUUUUGGAUUUUUUUCUUAAUUCUUCUUCCAUUAUCGUCCGUAGUUCUCAUUGGAUUUGCAUUAUUUGACUCAAGUAUAACAGCAUACAAUGAAAAAGGUCGAAUUGCCGAUAUUUUAUUAAUGUUCACCUAUGUAAUAACCAUCUAUGGUAUUAUUAAAAUUGUUUUAUCUAUCACGAAUAGUAUAUCUAUUGAACACAAUACUUCUGUUCACACCAAGAAACAUUCAAACAUUGUGUUUGCAUUUCUGUUUAUUCUCGGAGUUGGUGAUUCGUUAUUUAUUCUGACAAGAUUUGGUGAUCAACUUAUUUUAAUUAUCAAUCAAAAUUUUGUACCGAAUUCGAGUUGUGCGACUAAUCUUGCUCUAUCAAUGACAGCAAAUUUUUUGAAAAGUUUAUGUCAAUUGUGUAUAUUAAUGUUUAUUCUUCAUCAACUUGAUCAUUCAAUCAAAUUCAAGAGAAAAGAAUCGAAAAUAUUCUUAACAUGUUUAUCAAUAUUUUGUUUAAUUCAAUGGGCACAAAUACUUCUCCAAGAAGUACACUUCCAUAAAAAUAAACCGGACGCAUGUGAUAUGGCUCUAGAUCAGGGUUUAAAACGAUUCGAUGAAAUUGCACCAUAUUUAUAUCCAUUGGGUUUGGAAUUUCGAUUUGCGUCUUUUAUCGAACUAUUAAUAAUGUCUGAAUGUCUUGGAACCAGUAAAAAGAAUAUUCUGUUAAAAUUUUAUCAUUGGUUUAGUAAGAAUAUAUCUUGUAAAGGUUGUUCGGCUAAUAGAAUGUUUUCUACGAUGAGCCAGUGUUUGAAAAAAAUGCUUUCAUGUUUUUCGGUUUGUUUUAAGAAAAUCAAACAUCCAUUAGGAAAAAAUGAUAUCUUAUUUCCAUCCAUUUUACUUCCUGCGAUUGGAACUCUAUUAGUUAGUCUAUCAAUAGUUAUCGUUUUGUUUCAAGAAUUCAAUGAAACUGAUGGCGAUCAUCGAGCUACUGUAGUGCAUUAUGACAAAAAUAGUCUAUUAACAUUAAUCAGUGAAAUCUGCGAAAUCAUUCUUUUAUUUGUCAUGUCCUUAUAUUCAAUUUGUUCAUUGGACAAAUUAUGUGAAAAAGAAAAAAAUUUCGAACAAAUACCAUAUGUUCAAACAGUGAAUAUGGAAUUUAUAGUUGAUUUUGCUAUUUUACUCAUCUCGAAUCUUUUCUUGAACAUUUAUUGUUGCGUUACUCUUGCUGGUUCAGUAAUAUCAGAAGCAGAGGAGCAGUUAACUCAAACUAUACGUUGGUUAACGUUGACGGCUUCCGUAAUACCAAUUAUUCAGACGACACUUCAAUUAAUAAUUAUUUGGAAAGUUCGUCGAUACAAUGGAAUGUUAACUAAAGGAAUCAAUCAAAUGUGGAUUAUAUUAAGUUUUGCCAUAUGGUUAUUUGAUACAUUUAGUGCGAAAGCAUUCGAUACGAAUGAAAUUCAAAUCAGUGUCUAUAGUGGAGGAUGGGAUAUUUUGGCCGCUCUUUUUGUACCUAUGUCGCUAUUUUUUCGAUUUCACAGUUGCAUUAUGUUUGCUAAUAUCAAAGAUGGAGCAUACUGGGAUGAGGAAGAUCAUUCGUUGGCUUGA